AUGCCCCACACCAUUUGCGCGCUCUCAGCAAAAACGCCUUUGCGGUCGUCGCAUUACGAGCUCACGAUCUCCAACUCAAAUUUGACGACUUCCUCUUCACCGCCGCCUCUUCUGCUUCCCUGCGACGAGCAGCAGCAGCAGCAGCAGCAGCACCAGAUGUCGGAAUCACAGCCUUCAGCGUGGUCAUCCCGCGCAGACCUUCUACUACGGCCCGUCGAGCGGCCUGUCGGGUACCUGAAGCGUGCCGGCAUCGCGGCGUCGUACCCCCUCCGCGGCAUCUGGUACUUCUUACGGAACAAGGAGUUCUACCCGCUGUUCCUGAGCCGCCUGCUGCCCCUAUCCAUCAUUUCGUUCCUCGUCUAUUUUAUCCUGUUCACCUUUGCAUUCUUGCCCCAAUUCGCGCUCCUGGCCAUCUUUCAUGGCUGGGGCGCUUGGGUCAAUACCGUGGUGCUGGUCCUCGGAGAGGGGCUCGUGGUGAUCCAGGGUCUUUUUGAAGGCUUCUUUGUCGACGAGUGUCGAGUGGAUGUCUUUGAUUGUACUGAUGGUGCUCCCCAGGCCACCCUCAUCAAGGAGUCGCAUACAGACCUCGUCGCUCCCCACAGGCUCCUCUUCCAUGAUGCCCCCACCGCAGUCAAGAUGCUCGGCAAACCGACAACCCCUGCCGUCUUCACCCCCUGGUCCAUGAUCCAGAUCAUCGAACUCAUCGUCUUCCUCCCGCUAAACUUCGUCCCGGUGAUCGGCACCCCGGCCUUCAUCAUCAUCACAGGCACGCGGUUGGGCAAGCUGGCACAUUACAGAUGGUUCCACCUGCGGGGGUUGAGCAAGAAGGAAGCUAAGAAGGAGAUCAAGUCAAGGACUUGGGAAUAUAUCUGGUUCGGCACGGCUGCCAUGAUCCUUGAGCUGAUCCCCGUGCUUUCGUUCUUCUUCUUGCUCACCACGUCGGCGGGAGCCGGUCUUUGGGCGGCCAGAAUUGAGGAUGAAAAGAGACGGCAGGCCACGGAGAGCUUGGUGGGAGAGCCCCUUCCGCCACCGCCGCCCUAUGAGGAUGAUCCGGUCUAG